CACUUACAGCAGAUAAGAGAAAAUAAUAGUGCUUCAAUAAAAGGCCAGAUGGAACUCCGAAUUAAACAUCUGGAAUCUGAACUGUUUAAAAUGAAAACUCAAGAAGAUUCUAAUAGAAAACAACUGGGAAUAUAUCAGGAAAUCUGUCUAGAAGGAUUCCAAAUUACAAAAUCAUUGUCAGAUGAACUAAACAAGACUAAUGAGAAGCUAAAGGAGGUUAAUACCAAACUUCUCAUAGAGAAACACUACAACAGAUCUUUACAACAUAGCACUCUUAGCACAAGGCCUAUCUCUGAUUGUCAUUGUACUGGAAAUCAUGAUUGCUUUGUAUUCGACAGAAGUUUUACUCCAAGAAGAAAUUUAGUGACUCCUACCUCAAACCCAUGGCCUUCAAAUGAAAGCAUGCAGAAUCCUAGGGUCUGGCAGGAGUUGCAAGAAAAUAUAACUAGAGAAGUAACAGAAGGCCUUGUCCACUCUGGCCUUAUUAUGGGGACAGCUUCUCAGUCUUCACACCUCCAGAAGCACCCAUCUGCACAGGACUUUACAACCUGUUCUUCCCCAACCAGACUUCAAUCUGAUCAGAACUCCAAAGCUGCCCCAACCCCACACUGCCCCCUCUCAGCUCCAAAGAAGCCAGAAUGA